AAAGAAUGAGUUAUAAUGUGAUUGGUUAAUAACAUGUGUUUCAUUUUGCAAUAUCAGAAGUACGAAAUAAGCAGAAAUGUUUUGUUAGCGUUUCCUUGCAUCUGUAAUAUUGUUUAAAGUAAUGGAACUAACAAUAUUGUGUUUAACAAUAGACUGUUUUCAAUAUUUUAAUAUAAUUUCUAUAUAUUAGAAAUUAUAUAUAUAUUGUCCAAUUGAAGUAUAAAUACAUAUUACGCACAUAAAAAACAACAACAUAUAUGUACAUGUAUAUGUACAUAACCUAUAAAAUAUUCAUUAAUUGAUUAAUACUUAUAAUUAUUAUUUUAGACGAUGUCUCAACGUACUAAAGUUAUCCAAUUAUACAAGACGCUCUUGUAUAUGGGUCGUGACUAUCCAAGAGGUUAUGAUGUUUUCAAAAGAAAUCUAAGAAGAGUUUUUGAAAAAAAUAAACAAGAACGUGAUCCUGAAAAAAUUGAUAAAAUGUUGGCUCAUGGUAAUUUUGUUAUCAAAGAAUUAGAAACAUUAUAUAUGCUACGCAAGUAUAGAACUUUAAAGAAAAGAUAUUAUAAAGAAUGAUAUUAUAUUACAUUAUGUUGUACUCAUAUGUUUAAAUAUAGACACAAAAUACAAAUUAAAAAUUAA